GUCCCGCCCCUCGUGCUGCUUCUUUUGUUCAAACUGACCAAAGAAAAGAAUCCCGUCCUGGCUCACGCUGUUCUCACAAGCCUGCCAAACCUCAGCACUCAUAAGCUUUGCUUCCCGAUCGUGCUGCACAGUCUGCACAUGCUGGCCGGCUCCCCCAAGCUGAGAGCAGUGGGACUGCGCCUCAUGACCGCUCUGUGGAAAAAACAGGACCGGGUCUACCCAGAGCUGCAGCGUCUAAUGAGCCAGCAGGACAGCAGGGUGGUGCUGGGGAGGGACGCCCAGUGGGAGCAGAUCCUGGCCAGGGCCGCCUGUGUCAGGGACAUCUGCAGAGAGAGGCCUUACCAGCAUGCAGGGGACAUGGUGGCUGCCAUUUCACUCACUUUAAAACAGUGCAACAGACCAGACCUGGCAACCCCGGCUGCUCUCGUCCUGCAGGGACUACAGCAGCUGUGUCGAGCAGAGGUGGUGGAUAUUAUCUCAGCAUGGAGAACUGUUUGGCCUGAGCUCAGCUGUCACUCACAGCCAGAGGUGGUUCAAGCCAUCGCUGAGCUUUUGGCUCUGGUGCCUCAGCUCACAGUUAAAUCAGAGCAGUACGAGAAAUUAAAAGAAGAGGUGGUCAGCAUUCUGUGGACUUAUGCUCUGAGCGAGGAUCCAGAGGUGUCCAGCUGUGGCUACAGGGCUUUGGCAGACUUUCCUGAAACAGACCACACCAUAAACCACCUUCCUGAGGCAGCCCGACCACCUGCAAAGCUGCCUGAAAACGAAGAAGAUGAACAGAGUAAAGAAAAGGAGGAAGAGGAGAAGGAUCUCUCCGUCCCAGGCUCAUCUUAUGUGAAGCUGAUGACUCUCACCACCUCGUCUGUUCUUCCAGCCUUCGAGCUCUUCCUGACGUCACUGGUGAGGCAGGAGAUGAGUCAGAUGCCACGGGGAAUCUACUUCUCAGCCCUGAGGGGGGGUAACCUCCGCUCAGACCGGGGUAAAACGGUGGCAGGAAUCCCGUCGUUCAUGCUCAAGACCUACGAGAAAAACAAGCAGCCUGGGCUGAAGCCAGGACUAGCAGCUGGGCUGCUCCUGUCGUACAGUUUGUCUGUGCAGACCGAUCGUGCUGGGAGACCCAUCAGCCGCUUCCUGGUCAGCCGCAGCCGCAGCUACCAGCAGACGCUGACAGCCCUCGUUCAUGAAGUCAACAUCCAGCCCUCUGAGUGGCACCGUGCCCUCCUGCUGCCACAGGCCUGGAGGGGCUUCAUGAGCCGAGCUUUCUACGCCGUUAUGGAGGGUCGACGUGCUGAGUUAGAGAUGCUCCAGAAACAAGGCAAAGAGGAUCCACAGGAGCUGCAGUACAAGCAUCACUGUGCCUGGCUGUGGGCCAGAGAUCAGCUGGCAGAUGUCAUCAAAGCUGCUACAAAGGACAGUCCUGUUGUUCAGGGAAACGCCAUCUUGGCUCUGAGCGGCCUCGCCGCUGUUCUCGCCAAGUAUGAGAGCAACCUGCCCACUGAUGGUGACGGCAGCCUGGGGGCUGGACCAGAGUUUGUGGCCACAGGAAGCUGGUUGACCAUGGUGCUGGACACCCUGCUCAGCAUCAGCAGCAGCAGCUUCAAGGCCACAGGACGAGUCUUCCCCUGGUUUCUACACCGCUCCUACUCGGGUGAGAACACAGCGAGCACCAUAGCGCGCUCCUGUGCAAGCCUCGCCCUGUCGCUCCUCGUCUCCGUGCUCGUGGUGUGGCAGCGGGACAGUCUGACCCACAUCCUGUCGGCACUGCGGGCCGGCCUCCCGGGCUCCCCCGCCGCAGACGACUCCCAGGCCAUCCAGUUCCACUCCGGGCUCGGUCUGGGCAUGGUGCUGUCCACCCUGCUGCACCAGCGCCUCAGUGAUGAGUCUGCUCAGAAGGAUGCUGAUCUCCUCUUCGGCCCUCUGGAUGCUCUGGAAAGUUCCUCUUUCAACCCCAACCUGGAAUACAACACUGGCUGCAUACUGGGUCUGGGGCUAGUGCUGUCUGCCUUCUGCAGCAGUGGACAGAGGAGUCGACACGUCCGUGUCAGCCUAACGCUCGACAAGCUGCUGGCCAACCUGCAGGACUGCAGUGGGCGGGGACGCAUGGAGCAGGAGGUCUUGGCGUACUCUGUGGCGUGCGUGAGCGUUUCAGCGUUCAGCGCAGGUCUUAUUGACGCCGCCAAGGCGGAGGAGGUGAUGGACACGCUGCGCAGCCUGACUGAGGAGAGCCAGCAGACCCCGGGCUUCUCCCUGGCUCUGGGGUUAGCGGUCCACGGCCUGUCGGUGUGCGGCCACGGCAAAGCAGAGCACAUCCACCCUCACCUGCUCGCAGCCUGGAUCAAAAUCUUACUGGCUGAGGGCUGUCCCACCAUGCAGCGGCUGGCUGCUGUCAACGGGCUGGUGGCUUUGGUGGGGUCAGAGAGUUACCUCAUUCAGCUGAAGAGUGAGACGGAGCUCGUGUCCAAGCAGCACAACAGGCUGAAUGAAGUUAUUCGAGCCCUGCUCUGUUGGCGCUUAAGUCCUCUGCAGAGUUCAAGAAGAAAGCCGUAUGGACCAGAGCGUACGGCUGGUAGCCCAGAGGAGCCUCGGUGUCCUGCUCAGGUGUUGCUGCUCGUACACAAAGAGACGCACGGCUGCUGGUCUGAGCUGUGGGCAUGUUUAAUGUUAGACAGUAACUGUACUGUAGGAAUCUGUGCUGUCAAUAAAAGUGCAACAAAUCA